UUUGUCCUAACAAUUUGUGAACAGUACCCUGUCAUGAAUAAAACAAACGAAAAAAAAUAAUCUAAUAGAAGUAACAUAUUGCGUUAGCGUGGAACGGAACGACAUAGUUGUGAAGUUCGUCCGUAUAACAAGUUUGUGUGACCAGCCGCCAUCUUCCUGUAGUGCGAAGCAAGUGUUGAGGCGAACACGUGCCGCGGCCGGAUCAAAUAACAGUCCCUUGGGUAUGUGUUUUAUUUUAUCAUUUUGAAAGAUAAGUUAAUGAAUUAUUCGUAAUUAUUAUGUCAUAAUCUCUUGUUGAAUAUGAUAUUUCGCAAUUUUUAAGUAGUACAAUGCUAUUGCAAAUAAUCCGAAUUUUAGGUUAAAUAACCAGUCCCCUGGCGACAGUCCCCUGUAUAUUUGAGCGACAGGGGACUGUCUUAUUACACAGGGGACUGACUUUAGUUAUUUUUUUCUCAGGUAAACUUCACAAUGCCGCCUCAAAAGAAGACUAGGGAAGAAGUAUUAGAAAGGAAGAAAGAAUUAGAACGUUUAAGAUAUCAGCGCCUUAAAAAUGAUCCCCAAAAGAGAGAAGAAAUGAAAGAAAAAGAACGUCUUAAGUAUCAAAAGAAAAAAGAAAAAGGCUUAAGAAAACUCGUACGAGACAUGACUCCACGUGAACACAGAACUGCAAAAAAAAAUUGGAAAAAACAUUGUACUGAUUAUCGGGCUAGGAAAAAGACAUUGAAGGAAACAACUAAUGCUUUUGUGAGAGACAACACUCCAAGUUCAGAGACUGAGAUUUCAGCACCUCCUACAACUGACAAUUCUGCAAAUAAAAAGAGAAAAAGACAUGCGAAGCUAUUAAGAGAAAAAGCGAAUAGAGACAAAGACAAUAAGAUACUCGAAUAUAAAAGAAAAGUCGAAAAGUAUAAAAAAAGACUGUCAAGACUCGAAAAAACUAUAAACCAAAAUAAAGAUGAAACACCUAACACGAAAAUUAACAGAAUGAUUGAUGAUUCUAACUCGAGAAAAGAAAUUGUGAAAAAAGCAUUGUUCGGCGAGGUGAUGAAUAAACAAUUGAAAGAAAAUUAUUCACAAUUAAAGACCCAAAAAGACAAACAAAUAUUUUCAAAAGUUGUUGCUGGGACAUCAGUACAUAAAUACAAACUAUGGACUACCAAAGACAGUGCUAUUAACUAUAAAAUGACAAAAAAAUGGAAACCAUCUCCUUCUUUGGAAAUGCCUAAACGAACACGAAUUGACAAAAUUUCGAAGAGAUGUGCAAAAGUGAUUAGAGAGUUUUAUGAGGAUGACAGCAAUAGCAGACUAGGUGCUGGAAAAAAGGAAUUUAUUACAAGAAAUUCAAUCAAGCAUCAAAAACGCUAUCUACAAGAUACAGUGCUGAGCUUGUACAAGAAAUUUGUAGCUAGUAAUUUCAAAAUAAGCUAUCAAAUGUUCUGUCGUUUGCGUCCUUUCUGGGUUGUCAAGCCAAAAGCUCAAGACCGUGACACUUGUCUUUGUGUCACUCACGCCAACAUUGACUUAAAGCUGUCUGGUUUACACGCGGCAAAAAUAUUGUCGUAUAACAGCUAUCAGAAGUUACUAGAAAAUUUAUGCUGUGAUCGCUAUAAUGUGGAGUGUUUGUCAAGAAAAUGCCUAGUGUGCAAUAACAGAACCCCUGCCUACAAUGAGUUUGAUGACAACAAACCUAUACAAUACAAGAAAUGGGUAUCUGAAAAACAAGAAUAUUUGGAUCCAAAAUCUAAAAAGCCUAAGCUAGUGACUAAACACCUUAAAAAGACUUUGACGCUGCGUCCGCGAGAGUUGAUACAUGAAUUGCAUGCUGACCUAGACAAGUUCUUUUGCCACCAAAGAAACAUUGUACAUCAAUUCAAUGCAAUCAAACAUUUGAAGGAAAAUCUUGGCGAAGAAGAUAUUUUGAUACACAUGGACUUCUCCGAAAAUUAUUGUACCAAAUACGGAGAAGAGAUUCAACCCUUCCACUUCGGAGGAUCUCGAACUCAAAUAAGUAUUCACACAGUUGUUGUGUAUCUCAAAAACUCAAUACAAUCCUACGCCACCAUUUCCAAAAACUUGACGCAUUCACCCUCAGCUAUUUGGGCGCAUUUGCAGCCAAUUUUCCGAGCAAUACAACCUGGAAUUAAAUAUGUUCAUUUCCUUAGUGACGGGCCGGUUACACAAUAUCGGAACAAAACUAUGUUCUUUGUUUUGGCCUCGAGAUUAUCCAAAGAUAUUCCAAAUCUACAAGGAUUUUCGUGGAAUUACUCGGAGGCCGGACAUGGCAAGGGUGCACCAGAUGGUGUUGGUGCUACUUGCAAGAGGACUGCGGAUGCUGUUGUAGCUGCUGGAGGUGAUGUCGAUACCCUGGAACAAUUUGUGGAAGUCAUCCAAGCUAGAUGUCCUGGGAUUAUUUUCCAUACAAUAAAUGACGAAGAUAUUCAAUCAAUUACUGAUGCCAUUGAAAAGACUUCCAAACUAAAAAGUUUUAAUGGAACAUUAAAGGUGCACCAGAUCACUGGAAUAUCUACUUCCCCAGCAGUUUUGACAAUGAGAAGUUUAAGCUGUUUUUGCCCUAAUACCUGUCAACAUUAUAAAAUUGGAACAAUUAAUUACAACCAGAAAAUGAAGCUUCGUGUUCAAGACAUUUACACCGAAUCUGAAACCUCUUCAUCCGAGGAUGAUAAUGCCCUUGAUAUGUUUGAAAUCGAACCUUCAUAUGCGACCAAGCCACGAACUGAUAGUCCUGUGGAAGAAAUGGAAGCGGGACCUUCCCGAGAUAACAACGACAAGUAUAAUUGUGGAGACUAUGUAUUAGUUAAGUUGCAGAGUAAACAUACUGAAUACCGUUAUGUUGCGGUCAUAAAUAAAAUUGAUGAAGAAGAUGGUGAAUUCACUGUCACGUUUUUAAAACUCUGUGAUAAAGAAGGACUGACUUUUAAAGUAGACGAAGAAGAUGUUUCUGAUAUAGCCUUUGAGCAAAUUAUUAAAAAGUUGACUAAUCCGGACUUGAUCCUAAAAGGGAAAAGAAUCUUUUAUAAAUUUAAUACACCGGUUAAUAUUUUUGAACAGUAAUGAUGAUACAUGAUAAUUAUAGGAUUUUCAAGAGCUGAUCUCUAAGAUAACUCACUUAAAUUGAGACUGAUUUUACUACUUAGAAGGUGUAAAAAUUAAAAUAAGCAUAAAAGCAACUGAUGUCAAAGACCAGAAAUUGAAAUUUUAAGACUGAUUUAACUACCUGAUACUAGUGUAUAAGAGAAUAAGUCAAUUAACAAUGAUAAUUAUAUGUUGUUUUGUUUCAUUGAUCUCAAUUUAAAAUGCAAAAUAUUAGUUACUAAUUGAUAGAUGUAAGAAGAAAAUGUUGAUUAUAAACCUAUGAUUCGAAGAACGUUUAAAACGUUUGCCAAAAAAUAUUUAAAGCAAAGUGAAAGACUUAGUUAAUUUCUUUGAAGUUUAUGAGAAGUUUUUUUAGUUUAUGUUUAUUUGUUCUUAAUUGGAUGUUCAAUUUCUAAAAUAAAGUUUAUUUGUAAUGAAAACUAUCUUGCUUUUGUGUAAAAAUCAUUCCCCUGUCAUAUGUGUCAGUCCCCUGUCAUGAUUUUUCAUUAAAUCGUGGAUAAUUCCUAAAAUAUAAAAAAAAUGAAGUGGUUGUCAAUUAUAUAGUUUAAAGCUUGAAUAAAUUUAGCUU